AUGACUAGAGGAGUGCUAUGGUCGGUGCUACCUCUGGGCUCACGCCAAGAUACCUGGAAUCCGGAGGCCUUUUACCGGAGUCUCCAAAGGGCAGGAGCGAGCCGAUUGCACCUGGCGGCACAUGACGAUGGUACUGAGCAUUGGAAGGACGCCUUUAUGCAACUUAUGUCGGAGCAUGGACCUCGGUUCCGGACAGUGAACCUUUUCAGCAACGACCUUAAGCGAGUCAGAGGUUUUGUUCGUACGCUGCUGAACCACGUCGCCACUGGGCCAUUGUCCGAGUUAUCGAUUAAGACUCGGCCCAAACUUGAAUAUCAUCCUCUGUAUGAACUUGAUGAUGAUCGGGAGGGCGAAAGAGACUUGGACGGCUAUAUCUUUCCCGGAAACCCUCGUCAACAUUCCACAGUUAUUCGCGUUUUGGAGUCCCUCACUGCAUUUCGUAUUAGUGGUGUUCGAGUUAACUGGAACAACGUGUCAUUCUCAUCUAGGCUUGUUGAGCUUCAGAUAUGGAAUAUCACACUCGGUUACGAUAACACUAUUGUUACCUUUCUACAGUCCCUCUCUUCCGCCCCUGAGCCACGGGAUUUGCACAUUAUUAGAGUCCAUACUUUUCGCGAUCAAAGUGCUCCAAUCAAAACUGAUGCGCUUGCACCCAUCGUCUUUCCCACACUGAAGACGCUUUUUCUCCAGGGGUUGUACUUCAAUAGUUUCAAGUUAAUAUCUGCCCUGAUUGCCCCUGGUCAAUAUCGUGUAACCUUACAGUUUGACUACAGGUUUGCGAGGAUAAGGAAGCCAGGAAGGGAGAUACAUCCCUGCAUUUAUGAUCGUGAAUACAUGGGUGACGAUGACCGUGUUGAAGCUUUUGACGUUGCCGAGCUGUCAGCCGCUCUAGGGCGAGUUCAGGCUGACACGUUAAGACUAGAAGGGGGGUUUCAUCUGAGGAAAGCCCUACUUCGGAGAGUUCUCCGCGGAUUACCGGGUCUCAAAACGCUGGUCUUAUAUGAUUGGGUAUUCGACGCGAAUGAUCACUAUCGGAGCCCAGACGACUUUUGGAGAGACUCCCCGCGGAGUUCCUUACCCGACGACAAGAUUCCGGCGCUUGAAAACUUGAUCUUGGUCUCUUGCGAGGUAUAUCUUCAAAGCAUUAGCUCUUUCCUGAAUAUGGUAUCUAGCCACCCGCUUCGACGGAUCAACUUCUUCAACACGUAUGUUGGGGAUCGGAACGACGAGAGGUACAAUCACCUGUAUAUCGCCGACUCGCAGCGGUCUGGAAAAAUUGUGAAGAUGAUAGAAUGGCUGAGAGAUAAGAUACCAGAGGUUAGAAUGGUUGAUGACCACAGUAUUUUACAUGCUACAUACUAUUACCGGAGAGAAUGGGAGCUGUGGUAG